AUGGAUGAACUUUUUGCUAAAUCUGGUGUCACAAGUUACCGCACUAUUUCGGCGCAAAUUGAACCACCGCCACGACGCAGAAAACAUGCCGACGUUACCUUUUCCGUUGACGAGAAAGUCAUCACGGCGCACAAAUGUAUUCUUGCCGAGAGAAGUGAAUAUUUCGAAACCAUGUUCAGCCACGAGUGGAAGGAAGCGAAGGAAGGAUCGACGAUUGAGGUCGAGGACGUGAAGCAUGAAAUUUUUGAAGCGUUUCUCUUCUACAUUUACAGUGAAAAAAUCAAAUUUGAGGAGGACGAGUAUAAAAAUAUUUGCGACCUCAUGAAAUUAGCCGACUCUCAUUGCGAUAACCAUGUUCGCGAGGAAUGUGAGCAAAUUCUGAUCCGCAACAUCAACAAGGAAAACGCUUUCUUUUUGGCGAGAAACGCUUCCUCCGCGAACGCUUUGACUUUGGGGGGGAAAGUGGUCAAAUUUAUACUGGAUAAGAAACUCCUCGUGAAGUACUCGUCGUCUAAGGAAAUGAUCGACUUAGUGGGGUUGGAGGCCUUCCAUGAAAUCGCGGUCGCCUUAACUCAUCAUUAGCUUGGCUUUUGAGGAUUUUUUAAAAAGAGAAAACAAUCAUGUAUUUUAAUUAUUAAUAUCUAUUAUAAAUUGUAAUAACAUCGUGCAUAGGUAGAUAACAAUUAAGUGAUAAACUAUGUAUACGUAAUUAUGUGAAUAUUUCAAUACGAAUUUCUGAAAUCUGAAGGAUAUAAUGAU